AUGCUUUUCGGAAUGUUCUUCGCCUUUUGGCGAUUUUGCGAGAUCAUUACUCUGAUCCCAACACUAGGCAUGCUCGCCUUCUUCGUCAACAUCUACGCAUCCAACAAUGCGCUCACCCCCAACUACAUCCUGGUGCUCUUCAUCGUCUCCGUGCUCGCCUGCGCCUGGGCCAUCGCAACGCUCUUCACCUACCACCGCACGCGCUCCAACGCGCUCUUCGUCUCUUUCAUCGAUCUCUGUUUCGUGGGCGCCUUUAUCGCUGGCGUCUACGAGCUCCGCUUCAUCACCAACUCGGAUUGUUCCCAUUUGACCACUACCCCUGGUUACUAUAUCAAUUUCGGGGCAUUUGGAAAUGCGAAUAUCAAUGGCGUGAGUGUGAAAGUUGAUAAAACGUGUGCGAUGCUCAAAGCCUGUUUUGCGUUUGGAAUCAUGAAUUGCAUUUUCUUCUUUAUAACGAGUUUGUUGGCUUGUAUGGUGGGCAAGGGACAUGAGAGAUCGGGGAGGAGAGAUGAGAAGGUUUAUGUGAGGGAGACUCAUGUUACGAGACAUGGACAUCGUAGAAGUGGAAGUCAUAGGAGUAGAAGAAGUGGAAGUCAUAGGAGAACGUAUGUUUAG